GGGAGUUUUGAUAUAUACAAGUUAAAAAACCAAACAAAAAACUAACACGCUACAAGAUGGAGGAUAUGGACAUCGACGACUAUUCAAGAGACCGUUCGCGCUCGCCAAUGAGACAAAGAUCAAGGUCACCACCACCACCACGUGAAAGAAGGGAAUCAUAUUCUCGUGGGUCAUACGGCGGUGAUAGAAAUGGCCGUGGUGGUCGUGGCCGUGGUGGUAGAGACUUUGGUAGCCGUGGUAGAUACAACGGUGGACGCGAAAGCCGUGACCGUGACUACACUUCUUCCAGAAGAGAUUAUGUUGCACCACACGUAAAUGAACAACCUUCUUACCCAGCAGAUGAAAGUCGUGCCCCCAAGGUUGACAGAAACUACGAUAAUUCUAUUUUCGUCCGUAACAUACCCUUUGAAUCUACUUCAAGAGAUAUUGAAGAUCUUUUCCGUGACGCUGGUAGAAUUGUGAGAGCUGAUAUCGUCACUCAUCGUGGUCAAUCCCGUGGGAUGGCCACUGUUGAGUUUGCUCACAAAGAUGAUGUCAGAGUAGCUAUUUCCAAGUUUGACAACAUUGAAUAUCGUGGUAGAGAAAUCCACAUUAGACAAGAUUUACCACCUCCAGAAAAGCGUAAUGAACGUAAUGACCGUGGAGACCGUGGAGACCGUAGAGACCGUUACGAACGCACUGACCGUUAUGAACGCAGUGACCGUGGAGACCGUGGAGACCGUGGCGACCGGUUUGCAAAACAAUCCAACCCUCCACCACCAGGAACAGAAGUGUUUGUAGGAAACUUACCAUUUUCUGUAACUUGGCAACUGUUGAAAGAUAUGAUGCGCGAAGCUGGUGAUGUCGCUAGAGCUGACGUGAGAACCGACAGUUGGGGUAAAUCGCGUGGGUUUGGUACCGUUGUGUUUGAGGCAGUUGAAAGUGCCGAAAGAGCCGUUGAAAUGUUUCAAGGCUACAUGAUGGAAGGUAGACGUAUUGACAUUAGACCUGGUCGUGUUUUCAACCAAGCUUCAAAUGCUGGUAACGGGCAAUCUUUCGAACGCCCACCACGUGAGUCACGUUCCGCUGAACCAGUUUUACAAAACUCUGAAUUCACUGCUGGAGUUGGACCUGAUGGAUCUAGAAGUAACAUUAUUUUUGCAGGCAAUCUUCCAUGGGUCACCAACGUUGAUGACUUGUAUGAAUUAUUUGAAACCAUUGGCCGUGUUACUAAGGCCGAGGUUCAAUACAACGAUCGUGGUAAGCCUUCUGGGAAUGCAGUUAUUGAAUUUGAAUUAGAAGAACUCGCAGAUUUGGCCAUUGCUAACCUUAAUGGAUACAACUAUGGUGGUCGUGAUUUGAAGAUUUCUUAUGCAAGAAGAGAAGGAGAAGUUCCUCACAAUGAUGUGAGCGAACCAGCCCCACCAGUGGAAGAAGACAUGGCAAUUGAAGAGACUGUCGCUGCUCCAGCUGAAGAAACAAUGGCUACAGAAGCAGUUAGUGAACCAGUUCAAGUCGUUGAGGAAACCACUGCUGACGUUCCAAUCACUGAAUGAAAAGAUAAAAACAAACAAUGAAAUAAGGAUUAAAAUUGACAAUAUAAUAAAAGGAUUAGAGAAGAUGUUAAAAUGUAGACAGUAAGUUUUAAAAAUAUGAAAUAUUGAAACUGAGUCGUUCAU